GGUCGAGUCAAGCCUACUGGAGAUUUGGUUAGGUGCGAUGACAGACUUGGUGGUGGUGGUGGUGGUGAUGAUGAUGAUGAUGAUGAUGAUGAUGAUGAUGAUGAUGAUGAUGAUAAUACUGAGGUUGAUGAUGAUGAUGAUGAUGAUGAUGAUGAUGAUGAUGCUGAGUGGUGAAGGUGCCGUGGAAUUUCAGUCCGCCCACGCAUCACUCAGCCAGUAA